AUGGCGCCCUUUGACCAGCAGAACUGGAACGCCAAGAGCCGCUCCAUCAAGCUGUACGUGAGGCGCGUCUUCAUCAGCGAUGAGUUCGACGAGGACCUCAUGCCCCGCUACCUUUCAUUCGUCAAGGGUGUGGUUGACUCGUCCGACCUGCCCCUGAACGUGAGCCGCGAGAUCCUGCAGGAGAGCCGCAUCACGCGCGUCAUCCGCAAGCAGCUCAUCCGCCGCAGCCUUGAGAUGAUGGAUGACCUGGCGUCCAAGGAGGGGGGUGAGGACUACAAGACCUUCUGGGAGAGCUUUGGCCGUAACCUCAAGGUCGGUGUCAUCGAGGACCAGGACAACCGCCCCCGCCUGGCCAAGCUGCUGCGCUUCUUCAGCUCCAAGUCUGAGGACGCCCCCACCAGCCUGGAGGCCUACGUCAGCCGCAUGAAGGAGGGACAGAAGGGCAUCUACUACAUGGCCGCGGACAGCGUGGAGGUGGCUGCUGCGGCGCCUUUUGUUGAGAAGCUGGCUGCCGACGGCUACGAGGUGCUGUACCUCACGGAGGCCAUCGACGAGGCCGUGGUGACCAACCUCGGGAAGUUCAACGAUCUGGACCUGGUGGACGUGUCCAAGGAGGGGCUGGACCUGCCGCAGGGGGAGGAGGACGCCAAGAAGAAGGAGGAGCUUGAGAGCUCGUUCAAGGACGUGACGGCCUUCCUGAAGGAGACCCUGGGGGAGCGCGUUGAGAAGGUGGUGCUGUCCUCGCGCCUGCUGGACUCGCCCUGCGCGCUGGUGACGUCCAAGUUUGGGUGGAGCGCCAACAUGGAGCGCAUCAUGAAGACCCAGGCCAUGGGUGAUGCGCGCGCCAUGGAGUACAUGAGGGGCCGCAAGAUUCUGGAGGUCAACCCGGAUCAUGACAUCGUCAGGGGCAUCAAGGUGCUGCUGGCGGACGGCGACAAGCCGCGUGCUGCUGACCUGUCUGUGCUGCUCUACGAGACCUCCCUCCUCACCAGCGGCUUCAGCCUCGACUCUCCCCGCGACUACGCCCAGAAGGUCUUCACCCUGAUGAACUUCGCCAUUGGCAGCGACGCCCUGCCGGACGACGACACCUCGGCGCCCUCAACCUCGGCCAGCAGCGGGACGGCGGAGCCAGUGGAGGCCGAGGUUGUCAGCAGCGACCCCAACGACCCCUGGGGCAAGAAGUGA